AUGAAACAUACCAGCGAAUAUCUGUGCUUCAAUUGUAACGAGCCCGCCAACUUCCUUGAAUCAUUCUCCUUUGUCAGUGGUACUGAUAUACUAGUUAAACUGAGCCAACCAUUUUUAUCAAGAUACUUCACAGGCAAAAUACCCAUUGGAAGACCUAGAAUCAAGAGGAAAUAUGUAUUGAAGAAUAAUGUGGAAGAGCUAGGCGGCGGAACAGAUUUGAUGACCAGAACUGACCAGGAGGGAUGGAUAGAAUGCUGUAUGUUAGGAUGGUCCGAAAUGAUGUUUUUUCUAGGAACCUGUAUUGAAUUGUUUUAUUUGAGUUGA